AUGAUCAGCGAGGUCCUCGAGAACCACCGUUCCAGAUACAAGAGUGAUGCGGCUUUCAUAGAAGACCUGCGCGAAAUCGUCGAUGAAGACUUCGACAAGAUUUCUCUGAUUGCUCGAUCUUUCGCUGAAGAUGAUGGCCGUCAGAUGAUUAACGAUGAGGAUGUUGAACUUGCCAUAUACAUGGCACUCGCAUCUUCUUUGGUGGACAUGCUCCCCAAGUCCCCCAAGUAG